GGGCGCCGGGGUGCCGCGAGGAGGCCGGGCGCGCGGGGCAUGACGGCGCCUGGCAGCGCGGGGCCGCCUCGCAGCGCUGCUCGGGACCCGCCGCUCCCCUCCAGCAUCCUCGGCCGUGGCUCCGCUCCAGCAGCCAGCACACGGGACUGAAAUGACCUUGACAGCCGGGAACAAGGGCAGCUCGGCGGAUCCCGCCCGGGCUCGCUCGGGCCGAGGCAGCCCGGCCGCAGGUGCCUCCCUCUGCCUCUGAUCCUCGGCUUUCAGUUCUGGGAGGCAAAAUCCCGCCCUCCCUCUCGCCUGCCUCUGCCACGCGCUUCCCCCGUGCUCCUGCCGGCAGCGGGGAAGGGAUCCAGGGCAAACCCCGCGCUGUUGGAGUGGCUCUCGACGGAUCGUGCCCAGGCUGGAGCCCAGCAUCGCUGCCAAGCCGAUGCAUGAGAAAGCAGCUCCCCUGAAGAGCCCCGAGCCCAUGCACGGCCGUGAGAAGCUGGAGACAUCCCACAAGCAGAGGAGUUUGGAUUCCCUCGAUGGCAGCCUCCGCCUGAAUGAAGCCCUGAAGGAUGAGGACAUCAAGAAAUGCCACCGGGAAGUGGCUGCUAGCAAGUACAACUCCCAGUACCACAAACUGUUCAAGGACAUCCCCACGGAGGAGAGCGUGUUGAAAGUUUGCUCCUGCGCGCUCCAGAGGGACAUCCUGAUCCAGGGAAGGCUUUACAUCUCCCCCAACUGGCUCUGCUUCUAUGCAAACCUUUUUGGGAAGGAUAUCAAGGUGGUGAUCCCGGUGGUGUCCGUGCAGCUGAUAAAGAAGCACAAGACCGCUCGGCUGCUGCCCAACGGCCUGGCCAUCACCACCAACGCCAGCAGGAAGUACAUCUUCGUGUCCCUCAUCUCCCGUGACAGCGUCUAUGAUGUCCUGAGGAGAGUCUGCACCCACCUGCAGGUUUCGAGUAAGAAGAGCUUGAGCUUGAAGGAGCUGACGGAGGAGCCUGAUGCUGUGUCACUGGAGGUGAUUGUCCCUGAGGGCAAGUGGAGGAAGGUGUCACCCGCUUCCCUGUCCCUGUCGCUGCCGGACACCGACUACCAGUGCAUCCACCGGGCCUCCGUCAGCAGCCUGAGCGCCAAGGAGAGCUCCUUCACCUCCGAGGAGCCCCUGGUUUCAGAAAGUGCAAUAAACACAGAGGAGGAGCUGGAGGUGGAGCAGAGCUGCGUGGCGGAGCUGAGGCCCUCCGACUACCAGCUCCUGAAGGUCUUCAUCGUGCUCAUCUGCCUCCUGGUCGUGUCCUCCUCGUACCUGGCGUUCCGCAUCUUCCGCCUGGAGCAGCAGCUCUGCUCGCUCAACCGGGACUACCUCUCCCGCGGGCACAGGAGGUGACUGUUGCCCCCAGCACUGGCUGAGGACAGGCACUGGGACGGUGUCACCCCAUGUACGGAUCCCGGUGCUGAGUCCUCCCGGCUGUGGCUGUUGCACGGGGCCUGGUUUCCCUCAGCCGGUAACAUGGGACCAAGUAUCUUCUCUCUUCCUCCUGGCACCUGCUCCUGGUGGGACCUCUCGGCCAGCUCACGGCCACCGGUGCCAACUCCCCGUCCCACUGGAAACCUGUUUUCUCCCUGGGAUGCUGCUGUGCUGUAGCACUGGACGAUGGCUCAGGGCUGCCGAGUGCUUGGACCUCCCCUUAGGACUUGCUGCUGAAAUGGGUGCUGGUUUUCAUCCCA